AUGGCUCCUUCGAAAGAAGACAGCCCCGAGCUGCUCGCCAGUCCAUCCAUCACCAAGUCGCAAAGAAAAAAGGACAAGGCGGCCAAACGGGAGAAAAAAGCUCUUAAGAAGCAAAAGGAGACCGAGACUUCAACGGAGCAGGUCGAAGAUGCUGAAAGUAUAAAGGCCGCUGCGAAGGCUGAGAGAAAACUUGCCAAGGCUGAGGCAUGCAAGGCUGAGGCUACGGUCGAGACAGAGGCGCCGAGCAAAUCCAAGAAACGAAAGCAUUCUGGGGCCGAGCAGGAGGAUGAGGAUAAGGAUAAGGAUAAGGAUUCUAAGAAAGCAAAGAAGUCUAAGAAGUCGAAAAAGGCUAUGGAUUCCGACGGUGACGCAGCAAAACCAAGCAAUGCCGGAGAGGACAACGAACAGACUGGGCAGGUAGACGAGGAUGCGGCUAAGAAAGAGAGGAAGAGGUUGAGGAAGUUACGGAAUGAGAAAGAAGCUUCGGCCAAGGCGGCACCAGAAGCUGCAGCCGUGCUGCCGUCGAAGAAAACGGCGCCUAAACCAGAAGAUAAGAGUCACAAGUCAAAAAAGAAGAAUGUAGACACCAAGAAGUCAGAAAAGUCAGUAACGGACGGGCCAGUCACGGCGAGCGCUGAGCAGUGGAACCCGGAUGCUUUAUCUGGUGACGCCGCACGGAAAUCUAAGUUUCUCAGGUUACUUGGAGCUGGGAAGAAUGCUGGUGCUGCUGGAAGUGCAAAACCGGCCCGGUCCAGUGGGGGGGCUGGUAAUGAUAUUGAACGAGUACAGAGCGAACUUGAAAGGCAGUUUGAGGCUGGUAUCCGGUUGAAGCAUGGUGGGCACAGCAAGAGGAUGGGACUCGGUGCUUAG